UAGGGACAUGUUUUUGUUGAACAUGUAAAAAAUUAAUUUUUUGGCCAACUUCUAUAUUUUAGUAAUGCAUCCAGAUUAAUAGUUAAUAAUAAUCUCAAAAAGAAGAGAAAAGGCUAAACCUUUUAAACAUAAAAUGCACCAAAAUUAACGUAAAAAAUACCCCAAACAAUAUCCAACGAACAGAUUUAAGGUCGACAGCAAAGUAACAAGUCCUAAUUUUUCCUUCACUCGAGAAAGAAGGGCGAUGAAACUUUUUCCAUAAAUCAGAAGACAUCAGAAAUUUAAAACGAGUUGCUUAAUACACUGACACACUACAUGAACGUGAACGAUGGAUUACAACCGAAUUUGGAGUCAAUCGAGAAAAAAAAGACCGAAAAUAAGGUUGAAAAUAUUGAAAAUGAAGUCACCAGUAAUAAAAAAACGACGGACAUAGAAAGCAAUAAUAAUAAUGCAGAAGAAAUCAUAAAACCAAUAGAUGAACUAUUACCUUCAACAAAUAACAUUGAAGAAAACAUAUUAAUUCCACCAACGCUUCAAGAAAGAUUUUUAAGAAUCAAACAAAUGGUAAAAGAUUCAAUAACUGUCCAUCACACUUUUAUGAUAUAUGGAAGAGCUCGUGUGAUUCGAGAAUGCAUGUUAAAAAGGGGCUGGUGUGAGAAAUAUUAUCGCAAGAGCAGCAAUGCGGAGCAAUAUUUGAACGUGGAUUCGAGUCCAGUGGCACUUUUAUCAGGAAUUGGCGACCUCAAGGAUCAGCAAAGUGAAAAACAAUUAGUUUCAAAAAUGCUCAGUAAUUAUCCUGUUGAUUUUUUGUGGAAUGCUGGAUCCGACUGGCCAGGUUGGCCCUCUCAGGAAAACAAGACGACCAUAUUUAACAGAUAUUCUAGAGCCGGUUUCACCUCAAAGGUUGGCCUGUGUUCGAACGUUAGGCAGAUGCAUUGGUAUUAUGAACCCGGGGUGGCAAAUACACUGUUUCCAAGAUGCUACAAUUUGUGCCAAGGCGAUCAAAUGCACGCUUUUAUAGAAGAUUUCAGAUUCACAGCGUGCCUGGGGCUUCUAAAGUGGUUGGUUGAUAAGAUCAACACAGAGGGUGAAAAUGCCGUGAGAUCACCAACGGGUACCAUUCCUUUAAAGGCACUAGAUUUUGCUAUCAGAAGAUGCAGCGAUUACAUCGGAGCCCAAUCACAUGAAGAUAUUGAUCAAGAAGCAGAGAGAGUUUGGUCACAUCAAUGGGACCAAUUUAUUUGCUGGUACUACAAAAUCAUUCAAAAUCAAGCUCUUUUCGUCCUGAACAAUGUUCUUUUCAGCAAGUAUUUCCUCGCCUCUCGACACGUUCUGAAAAAAGUGAGGAAAUAUUGGCCUCAGCUCGACAUGGAUGGAAUUAUGAACAUAUGGAUUAUAAAACCCGGAAAUAAAAGUCGAGGUCGAGGGAUUGUACUGAUGAAUAAAUUGGAAGAUGUUCUGGAUAAAAUUAAUCCCACGAAUAAGACCGACAACCGUUUCGUUGUGCAGAAAUAUAUCGAAAGACCAUUUUUGAUAUACGAAACGAAAUUCGACAUCAGGCAGUGGUUCAUGAUUACUUGCGCUCAACCCUUAACUCUCUGGAUUUACAAAGAAAGCUACCUGCGAUUCUGCACGCAAAAAUUCUCCUUAUUUGAUUUCCACGAGUCGAUACACCUUUGUAAUCAUGCAGUACAAUGUAAAUAUACCAAUUGUACUGACCGAGAUUCUGCACUGCCAGUCGACAAUAUGUGGGACGCAACAACUUUUAAGGAAUUUCUAAAAGUACAAGGGCAUAGUGAAGCAUGGGAUGAAUUAAUAUACCCGGGAAUGAAACAAGGUUUGGUGGGUUCUCUUCUAGCCAGUCAAGAAGCCAUGGAUCGAAGAAAAAACAGUUUUGAGCUUUAUGGUGCCGAUUUUAUGGUAAUGGAAGAUUUUUCGGUUUGGUUGAUUGAAAUAAAUAGUCAUCCGGACAUGAGCUCUUCGAGCAGCGUGACUACGAGAUUGUGCCGUCAAGUCAUGGAAGAUGUUAUUAAAGUCGUGAUAGAUUUUCGAGAGGACAAAAGUGCAGAUACUGGUCAGUUUGAGCUAUGUUACAAGCAGAGGAUGCCGAGUUGUCAGCCAUAUUUGGGUGCAGCGUUGUCACUUCAAGGGACCAGAAUCACUGCUUCUGAGAGGAAACCAAGUUCCAGCCCCCAGGACUCCAAGUUCAGCAUGGUAUCAAAAUCACCAAUGACGAGUCUAUCGCAGAAAAGGCCGACGGUGCAUAGCCAAAUUGGUCCAGUGAUUGUUGAUCUAAUUGAGGAAUUGGAAAUCCAGCUGGAUCAGGAAUUCUACUCUUAUUAUAAAUUGGAGCAUCCAAAGGAACCCCUGCCAAUGUUGGAACCACCUUCAAUGUCAAAUACGGCUGGUGCGGAGUCGAUGAGUGUCGAGACAAGUACAAAAACUGCUGCCAGUGCGACUCCCCAAAAUGUGAAGACUAAAAUCCUCAAUUCUUCUCAGCCCAAUUCAUCAAAAGCAAACAGCCCUUAUAAAGCCGCCGUCCAAAAGAAGGCAGACAAAUUACAGAUUAUUGUCAAUCAUCCACGAGCCAAGUCUGAAGUGCCUCCAAUCAGGCCCUCAAUCAUUUCUAAAGUUGUGGAACUUCAAAAGCAGGCUGCAAAAUCGGCUUCAAUUCCAAAAUCUUUAAAAUCAUCGCAACAGGAGCAAAGUGAUGAAAAGAUACUUCGAGCUGCAAUGAAGAAUGCAGUGAAAAAAUACAAAAAAAAUCGUAUUGUGCAGCCAGCACUGCCUACAUUACCAUCGCUGUUGUCUCCUUUGGCUGUAAAGAAAGUGAACCGUGGAUCAUCAGAAAAGGGGAAAAUUAAAAAAAGACAAUAUUCUAAAAAGAAGAAAGUUUCGGCCGAUGUUGGUGAUAUGUAUGCAGUUGGUCUCAGUAUGAAUAAGUAGUUCCCAAAAUAAUAUAAAGGACUGAGAAAAAGAUUAUCCUUUACUCAACCAAUCUCUGGAAUUAAAAAAUAUUUCCUGGGCUCAAAAAAAUUAUUAGUCUAUAAUUAUGAUGGGAUCAAGUCAAUAAAAUAAUUUUUAAUUGCGAGAAAUUAAUUGAUUAAAGGGUCUUUAUUCUUAGUUAAUAUAAGUACUUGUUGAUACUGCUUUGAAUUCUAUUAUAAAUUUUAUUUUUGAAAAAGUCUGCCA